AUGAUAGAAUAUGAAGCCUGCCUAUUUGGGUUAGAAGCUCUGAUUGCAGUUAAAGUUGAAGAGGUUGAAGUCAUUGGUGAUCCUAAACUGGUAAUUAAGCAUGCUAACGGCAGUUGGGAAGUUAAGGAAGACAGGCUGAAAUCCUACAUUGACUACCUACACAUUGUUAUUCAGAACUUCAAAAGGGUAACCUUCACACAUACGAGCAGAGUAAACAACCGAGUACCAAAUGCUUUGGCUAAUUUAGCGUCGACUUGGGAAGAGAUUUCAGUUAUGCCUAAGAAACCAAUUAUGAUGUCCUCGGGUAGCAUCCCAUGUUAUGAAGGCGAAAGGAUUAUGGAUAUUGAGGAAGAAGAACGGCCAUGGGUAGCAUCCCGUGUUAUGCAGUGGAUGAGUAAAAGGGUAUACCUAGAUUCAACUACUAGAGAUGAUAGAAGAACUUUACAAUGUUUGGCAUUACAAUUUGUAGUCUUGGACGGUCAGUUGUACAAAAGAAUGUUAGGCGGAGUACUGUUAAGAUGCGUAUCGAUGAAGGUAGCUGAAGGGAUUAUGGAACAGAUCCAUGCAAGGGUUCGCGGCACCUACAUGAAUGAAAAAGUGCUUGCUAAGAAAAUUCUCAAACAAGGAUUCUUUGGUCGACAAUGGAAAGGAAUUGUAUUUCUCUCGUGA